AUGUCCUGCACGAUGUUCUUCAACGCCGGAGCGCAGGGCACGGUGAAGUUCAAACGGAAACCGUCGACGCUCUGCGUGCAGAUGUUGAAGUCGUCCGGGAUUGGAUACGUCGCGGAGCUUGGGCGGCAUUCCGUGGAUCUAGCGAAGCUGCUGCCCGCGUCGCUGCACGAGAAGGAGGAGGGUCAGCCCAUGACGCUGAGCUUUCAGCUCGCGGGAUUGGCGGAGGGGGCCGUCAUGGUCGCGACGUUCGGGUACGAGUUACAACUCGGCCGCGGCGUUACGUUCCUCGCGCGAGUUGACACCAAGUCGUUCCGCCUGUACGCCGCGACCGCGAUCGCGGCGGCGGCGGCGGCGGUGUCGCCGACCAGCAGCCCCCCGGAGAGUCCGCAGGCCACCCCGCGCGGCGGAAGCGAGAAGGACGAAGCUUCGCCGAAGCAGAAGAAGAAGCUCUCGUUCUCCCUGUACCAAGCGCCGGCGGAUCGCUCCGCGGCGCCGCAGAGCGCGCGGGGCCAGGGGGACGCGCGCGGGACCCGCGCGGGCCCGCUGAUGCGCAUGAUUUCUGGCGGAAGCGCUAUGCGGACGGUGGUGGAGGAGGAGGAAGAGGAAGAGGAGAAGGAGAAGAUUCCGGACGAGGAUGAGGAGGAUGACGAGGAUGAAGAAGAAGAGGAGGAGGAGGAGGAGGAGGAGGAGGAGGAGGAGGAGGAGGAGGAGGAGGAGGAGGAGGAGGAGGAGGAGGAGGAGGAGGAGGAGGAGGAGGAAGGGGGGAGAGUGGAGGUGAAGAAGGUGAUGGGGGGUUAUGCGGUGCAGAGCGAUUCGGGGGAGGAGCGCACGGUGCGGGUGGACCCAGGCACGGCCGCCACCAGCGCCGCCACCAGCGCCGCCACCACCUCGACGACGACCACGAGUGGCCGCGACGCGUCGCUCGAUUCGGCGAGCUCGGCGGGCGAGGGCGGGCGGUCGCGCAUGGCGCAGGCGAUGCUGGAGUUCGAGUGGACGCUGCAGGCGGAGCGCAGCGUGGAUGUGGCGGAGCGGAAGGGGGAGGAUUCCACGAAAGGGCUGUCCGGCGGCGACGGUUACGGUUACUCGCCGGGGCGCGAGUGGGCGGGCGGCGGCGGCGGGGUUGUGAAAGGGGCGGGAAAUGCGGCGGAGAAUGCGGCGGGAUUGGAGGAGGAGAUGGAUCUGGUGUCAGAGGAGUUCCUUGAUCUGCUCAUGCAGUCCGGCGCGCUCGGCGCGAUUGGCGGCGACGGGGACGGGGAAGAUGGGGAAGGGGAGAGGGGGGAGGGGGGGCUGCUGGGCGUGGCGGAAGGGCUGCUGAGCCCCGCGCGGCAGGCGUCGAGCCGCGUGGGCAGCAACAGUGUUGGCGCGAGCGAGCGCGAGUGGAUGGAGGGGAGCGGGGAGGUGUCUUCUCACGCGGAAGAGGAGGAGGAGGAGGAAGAGGAGGAGGAUGAGGAGGAGGAGGAAGAGGAGGAAGAAGAGGAGGAGGAGGAGGUGGGUGAAGGCAUGAUGGCGGGCGCGGCGCGGAAGCUGUCCACGUCAGCGGAGGUGGAGGAGGUGACAACUGGCAUCCCGCGGGCGCUCGUGCGGGGGGCGGCGGCGGGGCCUCUGGGCGGCAGCGGGAAAAGCGGCGGAACGAUUGAGAUUAAGAUGAGCGGGGAAAGCGGUAUUGGGCGCGGAAGCAGGAUUGGAGCAGGGGGAGGGGCGGGGCGAGGGGCGAGAGCCGCUCUGCCUGUGCCCGCUGAUGCAGCAGCAGCGGCAGCAGCAGCAGAGGCUUGCACGGCGAUGGUGCCCGUGGCGGGGCCUGGUGGACUGGUGGCAGCGGGCGCAGCAGCAGGCGCGGGGAAGAAGGGCGGAGACGCGGGAGGUGCGGGGGCGAUGGUGCCUGUGGCGGGGCCUGGCGGGAUGGUUGCUGCAGGCGGGGGGAGAGGCGGCGCAGCAGGCGCAGGAGGCGCGCCAAGCGCAAUGACGCUGGCGGCGAUUCAGCAGGGCGCGCUGGCGCCAGGCGCUGGGUUCGGGGGAAUGCGCAUGCCCUCACAUGGCCCAUUCACGACAGUCAACACUGGCAGCAGCGGCGCCAUCAACAGCAUCAGCACGCGCAGCAGCGUGGGGGGAGUCACCGCCACCACCACCACCACAUUCUCCCCCUCCUUCCCCGCAUCCCCCUUCCCCCAAUCCCCCUUCCCCGGUUCCGCCUUCUCCCCCGGCGCAUUCGACCUCCCCCCGCUGAAGAGCCUCAGCAGCGUGCUUGCGCCCACGUGCGCGGCCACGGGGCUGGCGUCCGCCAGCGCCGCGCUGUACGGGGGCGCGGGCGGGCUGGCGCAGCUCGGCGCGCUCAGGGGCGCGGACCCCAUGGUGCUGGCGGUUCCGCCCACCAUGGCGCCCCCCGAGCUGGUGCAGGGCAUGGGGUCCGCGAUUGCUCUGCCUGGGGGGGGAUUUCUAACGUCCAUGUCCGGAAGGCACUUCUCAGAAGGCGCCAGCCGGCUGGUGAUGCAGUUUUCCCGGGCAGUGGUGGUACCCAAGGAGAUGGGCAUAGAGGGCAGUGACAUCAUACAGAGCAUGGCGGCGCUGGGAAUAGACGCGCUGUCGCAGCAAGCGCACAUGCUCAUGCCCUUGCCAGACAUCAGUGGCAAGGCUCUCGAGCAGAUGGCGGCAGAGGGAUUGUUGUUCCUGGAUGGGGCGGGCGGUGGGGGUUAUGAAGAGCACUUGACACGGCUCGGCGCGCCUCAGAGUCCUGGAUUUCCGUUCAACCCUUCCCUUCCUUUUCCCUGCUCCCUCACCCCUGGUCCUUUUCCCCGCUACAGGAGGGCCCUUGGCGCAGCAGCAGCAGCAGCAUUGGGGGGAGGAGAAGGCUAUCUGGCCCUGGAGGGGCGUGCAGAGGGGAAUUACUUGGCUCUAGAGGGGGCAGCAGGAGCAGCAGCAGGGAUGCAAGGCGGGCAACUUGUGCAUGUAGGCGCGGGACAGCUGGCAGCAGUGGGAGGAGGCUCGGCAGGAGCCUUGGCAUUAGGGAUGUUGACAAAUGGGGGGUAUGGAGGGGCGGAGAUGGGUGCGGGAGGGGACGAAUGGGCAAUGGUGGCGGCGGGAGGAAACGGAUCGAUGGGGCUGGCGGUAUCAUUAGACGAGUGGCAGCGGCUGGAUGCGGGGAUAUUCGAGGACUUUGAAACAGAGGAUGAUACAUUGGCAGUGCUGCAGGCGCACUGUGCAGCGCAUGGCGCGGGGGAGAUGGUGCUGCAUGAUAUUGCACAGCUGAGAUCGGAUCUUGCGGCAGUGAGGGGAGGGGUGGGUGGUGGGAUGGGAGCGGGACGGGGGCUGGCGGCAUGGGGAGGUGCGGGAGGGAUGGGGAUGAUGGGGGGUGCGGGGAUGGGGAUGAUGGGUAUGGGAGGGAUGGGUGGGAUGGUGGGUGGGUUGGGAGGAGGGAGGGGAGAAGGGGGGUUGAUGGGGGAUAAGGUGACAGUGGCGAUGCUGGUGCAGCUGAGAGACCCUCUCAGGAAUUUCGAGCCGGUGGGUGCUCCCAUGAUGGCCCUGCUGCAGGCUGAACGAGCCCCCCCUGUUACUGCUGAGGAUGAUGAGAAGAGCAGUGGUAAUGGCGCAGCAGCGCUGGAGGGAGGUGCUAAGGCGUUGCCAGGAGGCGGAGGAGUGAGGAGGAUCGCGUAUAACCUGCACACGGGCGCGGCUGUGCGGCCCUCGGGAGGGCCGCUGACGGUGCGGAACGGAGCGAACAACCGGCGGAGGGAUGGGGAUCCGAUUGUGGAGGAGGUGGAUGAUGAGGAGCAGCCCGGGGGUAAAGGUGGCGUGGAGAAGGCUCGGUUCAAGCUGACAGGUGUGCACAUGAUGGGACUGAAAACGGAAGAGGCGGCGAAGAGGGGAUGGGGGAAUCAGAAACAGGGGCAGGCUGGGUCGAGGUGGCUUGCGGCGAAUGGCAUGGGGAAGAAGGGAGCAGCUAAGCCGAAGAGGUCUACGGGGCCUGUCAAGCCUGCCAAGGUGACUGUACAGGCCGGUGACACUCUGUGGAGCUUGUCACAGAAGGUGCAUGGCAGUGGCACUAAGUGGAAGGAUGUGGUGAAGCUGAACCCGCACAUUCGAAACCCGGAUCUCAUUCUCCCGAACCAGCAUGUUCGGAUGCGCUGA